AUGACACUCACCCUCUUCAUCGGCAACAAACGCUACUCUUCAUGGUCCAUGCGUCCAUGGGUCCUCCUCAAAUCCCUCGAAAUCCCCUUCGAAGAAAAAGUCUAUUUCUUCAAACCGGGCGCCGUACAACAAGACUUCCUAUCCUUUUCUCCGACAGCCAAAGUGCCCUGUCUACACGAUACUCCCACCUCGAUCGUUGUCUGGGACUCGCUCGCCAUCUGCGAGUACAUCGCCGAGAAAUACCCCAAUUCCUGGCCGGAGGACACUGUUGCGCGUGCGUUUGCUCGAAGUGCGUCUGCCGAGAUGCAUUCUGGGUUUACGGAGCUUCGGAGCACCUGUCCGAUGAAUGUUGCAUUGGAGGCGGAGUUGGAGGUACGCAGCGAGGGUCUUCAGAAGGAUAUCGCUCGGCUCAAUGCGUUGUUCGAAGAAGGACUGACGAGAUUCGGCGGGCCUUGGUUGGCGGGGACGGAAUUUACAAUCGUCGAUGCGAUGUUCGCCCCGGUUGCUUCGCGGUGCAGGACUUAUGGUAUUCAGUUGGAGGGCAGAGCUGGAGAGUAUGUGGAGCGGUUAUUCCAGCACCUUGCCGUGCAAGAGUGGGUUCGCGGGGGGAUUGAGGAAGGAGCACAAUAUUACGCGAGUCUGCCUUGA